UUUUUUUUUUACUUUCCAGAGAAAAGUGGCGAAGGAAAUCGUGAGGUGAAAUGAAGCCAAAGUUUUUUGUUCGGAAAAAGAAAAUGCCGGUAUGGGCAUCCGGUUAUGAGCCCGAGGAAGCCCAACAAAAACAGCCCCAGCCGAAACGGAAACCGACCGCGUUUCAAAAAGCUCACGCGGAAAUGAACGCGCAAAAGCAGCAAGUGGUUGAGACCCGAGAGCAGAAGCAAAGGGAUCGUGUGCGGGUGGAAAAAUUGCGAAAGCAACGAAUUGAAGAGCGGAAACUGAGGCAAAAGGUUCUUUCGAGGCGGACGAAAAAGGGCCAGCCGAUCAUGAGUGGUCGUAUCGAGAUGCUUGUGAGGAAGAUCGAGUCCGACAUGGGAUACACGCCGUCAUCUUGAAAGAAAAAGUCGUUCAUCAGGUUUCAAAAACGAAGUGAUUCAAGUGUUGAUUUGAUUAUCAAGGUGUGUGUGUGUUUUUCAAAAUGGAGUGAGUGCUAUCAAAGGAAAGAAAUGAGCGUUAACGUGUUAGUGAUUUGUUUGCCAGCAACUUAUGCCAAAUACCUCAAGUUGGUGGUGAAUUUACAGAUGCAGAUUUUCGAAUGAGUGUUACAUUUUGGGAUGUGGACAGAUUGAUACAGGGUCAAUCUGAGACGAGGCCAAUUUCAGAUAGUGUCAAUCUGAUACAGUGUCAAUUUUGAGACAGGGUCAAAUCAAAAAAAGAUCCAUUUGAGAUAAGAUUCAUUCAAGAAUAGGCUGCUUUGAGACAGUGAAAAUUGGAGACAGCAAAAAAUAAGACCUAAACUUAACAAACAAAUUCAUUCUCUGAAUGACCUUUUCUUGUCUAGAUUUGCAUAAUUUAUAUUUUAUCACAUAUGCAAUGCAAUCUUUCAGGAUGAAUCAGAAAAGGAUGAUAACGAGGACAAGUUGGAUGUUUUACAAAACUCAAUGAAGAAUCUCUUGUAGUUGUGCUCAUUGGAUAUGCAUUGCAUCAUCAUCCCACAUUUUUCUGGCUAAAUAAAAUCUUCAAAAAUGUUAGAAAGCCUGUAGAAUGGUACAGAACUGAUGUGACUGUCUGAAGAUGUCCCUGUCUCAAAGUGUUCUGAAAUAUCUCAGUCUGUGUUCUCAAUUUUUUUUCUUCUCUGGGAUUAUCACUGUGUCAAAUUAUCCCAGGUUCUUAAAUUCUCAUCAUAGAAGUCAUGUGCUUUAUGACUUGUGGGAAAGGACAGAAGAGUUAUUGAAAAUUAUAGCCCAAGAUACUCUGUUGGUGAAAUUGCUACUUAAAUGAGCUGAAUUUGGAGGCAUGGGUUCAUCUGCCCGAUUUUUCUUUCACUUGCACUUCUUUUCAAAAUGCCUGAAUUGUUACAUUCUAAUUGAUUAUUUUUCUUCCUUGUGUUCAAUAAAAUGAUAGCCAAAGCACCUCCAUAAAAUUAAAGCAAUGGAAGUUUCAAGGGGAAAUGUCUUGGAUUUGAGGAGAUUUUCAGAGCAUUGUUUCCAAUGGUAAUCAGGCAGGCAUUGAAAAAUCGGCAUAGUGAGGCACAGUAUUUCAUUUUUGAGAUUCAUCUGUACUUGAGGUAUUGGUGUGUUUCUCUGUGUGAAUAUUGACAGAGAGAGCUGCGCGUCACUUCGCGCAAAUGGCGAUUCCC